CAUAGGUUGGACUGUAAGAUUGAGCUUCGCAUAGGCUGCAACUAGGUAGCAAGAGGUUUCAUACAUCAGUCACCUAGGACUCAGAAAUCGUGCGGAAUUACGCAAGGAGGGUUCCAUUGGUUCUUCGCACUGCGUGUCAUCUACAUUUUUGGAUUGGUUAUUGUUACUUUGUUCUUCUCAUCAUGCAUUGCUCUAUCACUCCUCUUAUUUUGCUUGUAUUGGCUCUUACUCUUAUUGACCACGCGAAUGCGGGCGCCGUAUUCAUCUUCACUUAUGGUGGGAAAAUCACACGCGUAUGUAUCCUCCUUCCCUUGUUACAUCUGUCCUCCCAUUCUCCUUUUCUCAUCAACCCCCGAGUAUCCCUACAUCUAACCUCCCAUCUCAUAGUUCGAAGCAACCCUGCACGUUCCAUCCCCUCCAACCGCACUACAGGGUCAUGGACCAGAAUGGAAAGUCCAAGCCACAUGGGCGGGCAUGCAACCCACGGAUCAAAGUUGUGUUUUGCAGAAUGUGGUUGGGAAUGCGGGGGAGGAAGUGGGUCAUUGGAGUCAUGUGCCUAGUUUUUAUGAUGGGGCGACGAAACCGAGUUGGAGUGAGGUUUAUUUUGAGGAGGUGCAGCCGGAGGGUAAGUUCUCCUUGUAAUUUUGAAGGGAUGAGUUUGAUAAGGUGGGGAGGGUGGCCGGAUAUGUGUCUCGCUGUGGAGUUUUGAUUGUUGGAUGUUGGAUGUUGGAUGUUGGGAUAGGGAUUAGAGACGGAGAUUAAUAGUUGGAUGAACAGUAUAUCCAGGCGAUGAAAUAACAAGUAUUUGGGCUCUUGACGAAAGUUCCAACAAAUGGCUGGAUACAUGGUCCGUGAUGCCCGGUAAGAUCGGCGCAUCAAAAGGAGAAGUUCCUUAUAGUGGAAACUACACUUUCGAUGGCUCCAAAUUUAGUAUGUUAGUCAUUUUCCAGGUAUCUUUUAGCGUUGCUGACAUCUCAUCAGAUCCUAAAGUCCCAGAUAUGGCGGAGGUAAAUUCGAUUUUCCAUUUGCGAUCUUGAAAGUCGAAGGUUAACAUUAAUAUAUAGGUCUUGCUAAUGAUCGAGCAUGUGGGAAUUGGCGGUGGUCCAGACCCUGGUUGGGGUUCUGGAGCCGUCACGUUCACAAAUAUCCUAAUCGAAUCGGUUUCGACGCAAGAUUGGUGUAAUCAUGAGAACUCGGAGACUUGGCAUCCACAAGAUCUCAAGGUUAUGGAUGUUUCUACCCCAUUCAUUUCGACGGUUAGGAAUGGAAAGAAAAUUUGUCGUAUUGCUCGGUUUGUUAUUGAUUUGAAUUGAAGUCGCGGGGAUGGAUUCUAGGAAAUUAUGGGGAUUUGUGAAAGCUGAGCAAUAGAACUUGGGCUGGAUCCUUAGUUUCGGGUACUCCUGCGUGGAAUGUAGAGGUGAAAUGGGUUUUCCUGCAUACAUCAGUAUAAGGAAAAAGAUAUUUUAAAGUCCGUUAAUACCAGGGUAUCCAAUAGUCCGAACUGCAGUCCAAUGAUGAAAAGCUUUGGAUUCCUGAAUUUAUUUGGGAUAUUGAAUUUGAGAUAUUGAGUUUAUUUGGGACAUUGAAAAU